ACAGAUACAUAUAAGAAAAAAAUGCUCACUGCCAGCUAAGUUUUUCUUCAAUUUUUCGGUGGUCAUUAAGUCAUAAAAGUAUAAAACAACUACUGAAGCAGAAAGAUAAAAGGUGCUCCAGCAGUUCUUGUUGUGGGCAAGAGAGAGAGAGAGUAGGGAUAACAGGUACAGAGCAGAGAGAGAGAGAGAUGAUGCGUGCAUGGACGAUUUUGUUCUGCAUUUGGAUUUGGACUCCUAGCGCCGUUAAUGGCGACACAGAUGCAGAUGACGUAUCUGCUCUCAAUGUUUUCUACACUAGCGUGAACUCACCGAAUCAGUUAACUGGCUGGAAUGAAAGCGGGGGUGAUCCCUGUGGGCAAUCAUGGAAGGGCAUAACAUGCUCUGGUUCUUCUGUUACAGAACUCAAGCUGUCAGGAUUGGGGCUUAAUGGGAAUUUGGGUUACCAGAUGGACAAGUUGAAAUCCCUAGUUGAGCUGGAUGUCAGCAAUAAUAAUCUUGGAGGUGGAGAUUCAAUUCCUUACAAUCUACCACAGAAUCUUCAGCAUUUAAAUCUUGCUCAGAACCAAUUUAAUGGAGGCAUCCCAUAUUCUAUAUCGCAGAUGGCUUCUCUUCAAAAACUGAAUCUUGCACAUAAUCAACUUCGAAGCGCUUUGUCUGAUAUGUUUGGACAACUACCUAAUCUUGAGGUCAUGGACCUCUCUUCUAACUUCAUUACAGGUGAUAUUCCAGAAAGUUUCAGCUCCUUAUCAAGUCUUAAAUCUCUAUAUUUGCAAAACAACCAGUUUACGGGACCUAUAGAUGUACUUGCUAAUCUCCCCCUUAAUGACCUGAAUGUGGCAAAUAAUCGAUUCACGGGAUGGAUUCCUAACCAAUUGAAGGGAAUUAAUAAUCUUAAGACUGAUGGUAACUCGUGGAAUUCGGGGCCUGCUCCACCGCCACCUCCGUAUAUUUCACCACCAGGGAUACCUUCAAACCCUGGUCAGGGAUCAGGAGGAAACAAUAGCCCAUCUGUUGGUGGUGGUAAAAGUUCUGGCAUAGGUGGGGGAGGGAUUGCUGGUAUCAUUAUAUCCAUUCUUGUAGUUGGUGCGAUAAUUGCAUUCUUCUUGUUGAGAAGGAAAUCAAGGAAAUUUUCAAGGGAAGAUCAUUUUGAACAAGAUCAACCUUUUGCAUCUCUUGCAUCCAAUGAGUUGAAAUCUAUACAUAUAGCAUCUGCAGUCGACACAGCAAUGUUUAAAUCUGCAACGGAUGAAACUACAUUUCAGCCAACCUCUGCUAGUCUUAAACCCCCACCUACGGAUAGGAAAAAUAGAUCAUAUGACGAAGAUGAAUUUUCAAAAAGUAUGCCAGUGAAGAAAGCAAAAUCUGUUCUUAUUCGUAAAACCAUGUAUUCAGUAGCAGACCUGCAAGUGGCUACAAAUAGCUUUAGUGUGGAUAAUCUUAUUGGUGAAGGUUCUCUUGGACGUGUAUAUAAGGCUCAAUUUACUGAUGGAAAGGUUUUGGCAGUAAAGAAAAUAUAUUCCUCUUCAUUACCCCGGCAGUCAUAUGAGGGAUUCAUUGAAUUAGUUUCAACCAUAUCACAGCUUUAUCAUCCAAAUAUCUCCGAGCUGGUCGGCUAUUGUUGUGAGCAUGGGCAGCACUUGCUGGUGUAUGACUUCUACAAGAAUGGCUCCCUGCAGGAUCUCCUACAUCUCGUUGAUGAGGAUAGCAAUCCGUUGAGUUGGAACACUCGUGUGAAGAUUGCACUUGGCAGUGCAAGGGCGUUAGAGUAUCUGCAUGAAGUUUGUUCUCCAUCUGUUGUCCACAAAAAUUUCAAUUCAACCAACAUCUUAAUGGACGCGGAGCUUAAUCCUCACCUUUCAGAUUGUGGACUUGCAUGUCUUAUCCCUAAUGCUGACUAUCAGGGUGCACAUCAUAACCAGAGUUCUGGCUACAGUGCUCCGGAGGUUUCCAUGUCUGGCCAGUACACUCUGAAGAGCGACGUGUAUAGCUUUGGAGUGGUCAUGCUAGAGCUCCUGACCGGAAGAAAGCCUUUUGAUAGCGCAAGACCAAGAUCUGAGCAAUAUUUGGUUCGAUGGGCUACCCCUCAGCUCCAUGACAUUGAUGCUCUCGACAAGAUGGUCGACCCACAACUCCAAGGGCUGUACCCCGCAAAAUCUCUCUCUCGAUUUGCUGACGUUAUUGCCCUAUGUGUUCAGCCUGAGCCGGAGUUCAGACCGCCCAUGUCCGAAGUAGUGCAAGCAUUGGUUCGUCUUGUCCAAAGGGCCAAAAUCAACAAGAGAGUGCUUGCUGGUGAUGUACUACAAGAUGCAAGUCGGAGAGGAGAUGACAGAGAUGCGCACGAUUACAUGUUUUAAAGCGUAUGUUCAUGAGGUUUCUACUUUCUUUGCUGGUGACGAGAUUUCCUAGCUCCCAGUGGCCGGAUUUUUGAGAGUCCAACGUCGUUGCUGGGGAAGGAAUUUCUUUCUUGACCUGGCUUAUGGAUAUUGUAUUGCAGAUAAAAUAGCAGAAGCUUUCAUUUUAGUGGAUUUCAUUAAAAGGCCCAUACGUUGUUAAAAGAUGUGGUGCUAAGAAGCCUUGAACGUCUGCCCCAGAGGAAAUGUAUUUGUUUUUAGUUUUUCUCUAUAUUCUUUGCUUAUUGAUUAAACAUUUAACCUAUUGGUCUGCUGCUUCAAAGAUUUCUGCAUGGAUUCAGAUUGGUA